CCCCCGCGCUCUUGUCCGCUGUUCGCUCCUUGCUCGCUCCUCCCCCUCACACGCGUCCUCCUCGAGCUCCUCGAGCUGCGCUGCUCGCUAACUGCCUUGGCUUCGACCAUACGCGCUUACGCCCUCAGCGCCGGUCCUCCCUUUCAGCAGAGCCAGGCUUACCAGAGGUUGCACACGAUGUUCGAGAUCCUAUCAUUUUCGGUCCUCCAGGUCCUCUCGGUCAUUUCGUUCCUCACCUCGAUACUCGCUGUUCUUCAUGUCGGAGCGGGCUCGCUGCACCGGCUAUCGAACAAGUUCGAGGCGGAUCUCAACUUGCCGCAGCUGUCCCUGCACACGGGCAAGCCGCAUCUUUGGAACUGGAGCGGACUGCCAGCGUCGUUCUCGUUGAGCAGCAUACUGGGCGAGGAGUCACAGGAGCAGUCUGCGGACGAGAAGGGAUUGAGAUAUAUGGGCGGGUCGGACUUUUCGAGAGUCCACUGGCAGGUCGGACGAUCAAGAUUUGGUCCUCAGUUCUAUGAUUCGCAGCCACCAUUAUCCAUGGCAAAGGUCAUCAUGUCUCGCCACGUCAGUGCUUUCUCGCUCGUGUGACUGCGUCUUCUGUUCGGGGCUGAAUGGACGGCUUCUCUAGUCACAGCGUCGGCCAGUCCGCCUACCACGACGCAUGCCGGGCGCGCC